CUUCUCAGCAUCUGUCCAGUGCGCUUCCUGUAGUUCGCCAUCUUGCUUGCUGUGCUAAUUACUAAAGGCAGAAGAGGCCCGGUGGGACCUUUGGCUGCCCUGAAACGACUCGAUGGAUGUUAGCACAGAGUCUGAGACACUUCCCACCCACACCACUUUUGGAGAAGAUGUGUUGGAACAUGAGCUGAAUCUUUCCAGCUCACACUGUCAGACGGAGAGUGGGGGGAACAUCUUACUUCAGCUGCUGGAAUUCAAAACCAAUCUGCUCGAAGCUGUACAGGAGCUGCAUAUUCGGAGGGAUGCAGAAACCCGCUUUGAGGAUCAGAUCAGUAAGCUGGUGUUGGAGAAGCAGGAGAUGGAAUGGGAGAAGGAAUCCCUACAGCAUCGAAUUGAAUCGGUGACAAAGCAACACACCGAGUCUCUCACAAAUCUUAAGAAACAGUUUCAGGCCAAAUUAAGAAGCACAGAGGAGGAAAAGGGGAAAUAUCAGGUCACUGCUGAGUUAAAAGACAAGGAGAUUAACAACUUAAAGGAAGAGCUGAAGUCACUGCAGUUGCUGAAGUACAACUUGGAGAAGAAAUCAAGUGAGCUGGAACAGAAACUGGCCUUACAGAGCCGGACAAAGGACGGCCACCUGAGCCAACUGGGAGAGGUGGAGAAAAGAUUCAGUGCCUUGUCCAGGCAGUGUGCCAUGGUCAAGCGGGCCCAUGACGACCUGGAGCAGAACGUUGAUGAAGCCAUGAGAAUAAACAAGAAACUGACUUCUGCUAAUGAAAAACAAGCAGCAUCCAUUGUGUCACUAAAGAAGGAGGUGAUACGGUCUCUGCAGCACGCCCAGCAGCUGUUGCUGAGUCAGACGCAGACAGUGAGGAGAGUAGAGUUGGAGCUACAGACACAAAGACAGACGUACGAGGCCCUUAAACAGGAACAUGAGGUGAUGGGAGAGCAAAGCAAGGCGAUGGAAGACAAGGUGGCCCAACUGAUGGAGAGCUAUGCUGCUUCCAAGACCAGCUGGGACAAAGAGAAGACAAAGUUUCUGGAUCGCCUCAAGACACAGCAAGAAGACCUUCAAGCACUGAAAGAGGCUUAUGAUGAUCUUCAUCAGAAACACGCUGAGCUGUCCUUACAGGCCAAAUCACAUGAACAGCAAAUAUAUGAAAUGGAGGUAAGAGACAGCAGCCAGACACUCAGUGUUUCUACCCAUCCCACCUCUGUGGAGGAAGUUAGAGGUGAGGAAUCUGUGAGUGAACGCAUCUCCAGCUCUAAGCUUCUCGGCUUUGGCUGUCUGCAGCACUCGAUCUCCUCUCAGCCCAAAAUUCCAGAUCGUCUAGAGGACACAGCAACUGGGACUGAGAUACUUGCCACUGCAGAAACUGAAGGUCAAAAAGUCCCAAAACAACAGUCACAAACAUUAAAAGAGCCUUUAAGUAACCUAAAAAUGCCCAGUUGUCCACUUACCAUGAAUUCUUUCAGCUCGUCUACUUUUUCUGGGACAGGAGCCACAGAGGCCAUAACAUUGAACAAAGGGGUUGAUAACUUGAAAAGUGAACACAACCCUGAUGUGCUUUCAGAUCUAACUAAUACUGCUCUCUCUGUGUCUGAUGAUGAUACCCACUUUAUCAGAGGUUGCUGUGCGAGUAGCAUAACUGCAUUAAACUCCGAUUACAGCUCUCUCUGUGAAUCUGCAGAUUUACCAACAAACCUGAAAAAUAAAGGAGACGACACAGGAAUGAAUGAGAAAGAACAUGAGGAGAAGGACAACGGGAAGCAAGGAACUAGCCACAGAGAAGAAGAGGAGAAAAAUACAGGACAGCUGAGGAAUAGGGAAGACGAUCAAGGAGAAGAUGUGAAGGAGGGAGGACCUUCUGGAGAAAAGAGAGGAACAGCCAUGGCACAAACAACAGAUAGAAGAAACAGGCGAGAGGACAGUGAGGGGUCAGCAAAGGAUGCUGAAACAGAAACAAAAGAUAGAGCGGAUGGAGCGAAGGAGAGAGAAAAGACAGCAGUGCAGACACCACAAACACAGAUUCGAGCCCAGACGAUCACUGAUAUGACUGCUGAAAAGAGCCACACACUGCAGGUCAUUGACUUCAUGGGCGCUGAGCCGCCUGUGGAUGUCUGUAAACCCUCAGACUUCACACAAAGUCUCUGUCAGAAAGUCAGUGAAAAGGAUGCUGAAUGCAAACAUUUGAAGAUCCAUGGUGAGACUGGAAGAGAUGGAGAACAUCAAAGUGUUAGCUCUGAACAACAGGAAGUUUCAAAUUUGUGUCAAAACGAGGUCCAAAGCUCAGACGGAGACACAGGAUCACUAAAUCAGCCUCCCACCAAGAAAGCAGGGGAGCUUUCUGCUGGACUUUCUGAACACCUGAAUCAGUCAAGUACCUCACAGACAGACGAUGCCGCAUCAGCCGGUCACUCAAAUGGUUUUCACAGCGCUGAAAACUUGGGAUCACGUCAGACACAUACAGAAACACGUGCUCCUUCUGAUGUUAUUUCAGAUAUGACGCAAACAGAUGAAAGCUUUGAUGUACCUGCGAGUGAAAAACUGGCAGAACCUGAGCAGCUGCUGGAAAGCUUAGAGCAGAAAGAUGAGCAGCUGAAGUCUGGGGUAACUGUUGAAGGAAAGGGUGAUCCAAGUGUAGAGAACAGAAGAAAAGAUGAAUCAAGUGUAGAUACGAAUGUCUAUCAAACACCUAUGGAAGAAUCCCACUUAAAAGAUGGCAGUGUUGAUAUUACGAUAGGUGCCAUAAGCCUUGAUUUUGAGGUGAAAAGUGAGCAUAUAAAGCACACAGAAGAUACAAAGAAGACUAAAAGUGAAACAGAUCCGAAGCCGCCACUCGUUACAAGUCUGGGUCACAAGCAGCCUGAGUUAGAGUUAGGAGAGAAGCUGCUGAGUGAUUCUGGCGAGUCGUCUCUGCCCAGCAAAAAGACUUACAGGCCAUUAUUUGAAUGGGCCGGUGCCGAGAGAAGAAAGUCAAACUCCAGAACAAAGUCAGAUGUCACCAUAGCGCACCAGCCAAUCCAGGGAUCUUCUCUGUCUGAGCAGAAUACAACUGCUGGAUUCCCAGGACAUCCUGCCAGCACAAUAAUACCCAAGCCCCUCAAAAGCAAACACGACAAUGUCCCCUUGGUGAUUAUGAGGGCGUCAGACCUGUUGAAUGCCUCCAGUGUCUGUGGGUCCGCACCUUCCCUGAGGAGAAAGCAGCAGGGACUCUGGGAAGCAAUGCAGGAGACCUGCAGAGAGAGAACAGCAGCAGAUACGGAUGGCAGAGCUCCUCCGCCAAGCUGUUUUUUUCCAGCCUCCAGCACAGGCAGCAAACCGUCAUGGCAAACCACUGCAGAGUGUAGCAGAGCUCCUACCUUAGCUGCAGGACCUAGUUCAGAGUCCAACUGGGAACUCUCCUGCUCCCAGGAGAGGGACGACCAACAGGAAUCAUUCAGGGCGCAGAUCUCCAAAAUCGAACAGUUCCUCAAGACAGAGAGGCUCCGUCUGCCCAAAAGACAACGAACUGAACCAAAUCUGUAGAAACUGCUGGUCGUCUUUAUUCGCUGUCCUAGGUGAGACAUUGUGUGGCACACGUUUGACAGUUAUUGUUAGCGCAGGUUUAAAUGUUCUGAAACACGAUUGCUUUUUAAUAUAUACAUGUGUUACUGAUUCCUUUGAACUGUAUAGUUUCUUCUAACAUUGCUGUUUGAAGUUUGAAGUUUUUGGGUCGAAUCAUUAAUUCUUCACUUUAUUGUUAUUUUAACCUUUCUGUGCUUUAAAUGGAAAACUGCAGAGUUUGUGUGUUUGUUUCACACGUGUGUAUUUAAGUGAAGAGAUGAAAAUAAGAUAAGAUAGCCUUUCUAAGUGACAAAUAUACAAUACUACUACUGCUA